AUGGAGCCCUCAGGCAGCGUCCGGGCCCUUGACGACUGGCCGGUGAGGGACGCGGCCCGAGUCUGCCGGACCUCUCUGCUGUGGCUUCAGUCGAAUGUGAGCGGGCUUGGCGGCAUCGGACCUCAGUUUCGCGCCGUGCGCGACUGCGUCCAGCGGUUCGAUCUCUGGGCAGGUUACAUGGGCGUCUUUGCCGACGGCGAUACUUCUCUAGAGAGUCGGCUCAGAUUCCAUCCCGAGAUACGGCAGCCCAUCUUGAAUAUGCUCGCGCUGUUGGAGCGCAAUCUCGACCAUGACUUCUGGCUCGACGGGAACGCGCUUAGGCCUCACUCGCCUGGGCUUGGUCAGGCACGCCGUCAAAGGCUUGACGAGACUGCUGCACAAGACGCCCCGGUCGAUACUUCGAGGCCGUCGACAUCCCUCGCGGUGGUAGCUGCUUUGGACGCAAUCCAAGCGGCGCUGGAUAGGCUCGAGCGCUUGGCGGUUCUCGUCCGAAAUUUGCCUUCGUCUUGCCUCGCACCCAGCAUGGUGUCGCCUGCGUCCCUCGCAGACCCGGUCGAGGUUAGGGUGUUCCAGCACAUGGCAUCCGUUCUUGUUACGGAUCGCUUUCCUGGCAUAGGAGGCCGCCUUGCAGCUCAGCUGAUUUCGUCUAUUGUUUUUCGAAGGCUUAGACUGCUGCAACACGCCAAACAAAAGAACCUCAAGUCGCGCCUUGUGGCCCCAGCGCAGCGGGGAGUAGACACAACGUUCCCUAUCCAAGUUCCAGUUCUUCAGGAGCCCGAGGCCCCGCAAACCAGGAUCCCUCCACGCUCAGAGAUGGACAUGUUUAGCCUUGACUUUGACAAGUCUUCACACCAGGACUUUGCUCACACUGAUUUCUCCGACACGUCCACCGCCUCAUCCUCCUCACAGUGCUACCCUUACCCGCCCCUCCCGCAACCAAGGACCAAGAGCGGCGAGCACUACAUGUGCGAUUGGUGCGUUGCUGAUAACAAAGCCUCUGAUCUCGCCGUUCCGGGUUGGUGGCGGGCUUACCUUCAAAAGAACUUACAGCCCUAUGUGUGCAUAUCCGAGGACUGUUCUGAGCCCGCCGUAUUCUUUGAAUCUUACUCAAAGUGGCGCCAACACAUGGAGUCGGUUCAUACGACAGACUGGGCACGCAUAGUACAUUGUCCGCAUGUGUGGUACUGCGAUGAUGGGCCUCACGACUACAUCGAGUUUAGAGACAAGCACGACCUCAAACAACAUCUCAAUCAACAUCACGCCAAGGAUCUUAAUCUAAAGCAUUUUCAGAGGAAAAUCACCCAAACGACGGCCGAAAACCCUAAUGUAAUUGUCUCAGUCGAUCUGGGCACAACCUGUACCGGCGUGGCUUGGAGAACGCCGCGAACACCAGUCCAGGUCAUCAACGACUGGCCGGGCAGCGGCGACCGCGGCGAGCGCAAGGUUCCCUCGUCGCUCAUCUACAACGCCGACGGUAGCCUAUCGUCAUGGGGCUUCCUGUGCGCCGACGAUGACAACUGGGAUGCCGGCAGGACGCGCCGUGACCUAUUCAAGCUCUUCCUCGACAACGACGCCGUCGCUGUGGCCCAGGAGCAAGGCUUAGUUAACGCGCCUAGCAGCGCCGCUGACGCUAAGCGCUGCACCACUGACUACCUGCGCAAGGUGUACGCACACGUUAAAGAGACGAUCGAGCGGCAUAUGGGGCUUCGGCGGCAGAUGGGCAGCAGCUGGGCCGACCUGGUCGUCCUUUUCCUCUUCAGCGUGCCGACGACGUGGACGCGCAUGAAGACGAUCAUCAUGUUCAAGGACGUUAUCCGCGCCGCCGGCUUCGGCACUGAGGGAUUGCGGCACGAGGCCCAGGUCGACCUUACCAAGGCCGAGGCCGCGGCAGUGACAACGCUUAAGACGAGCGUAGUCCGCUUCACAGCCGGCAGCCUAUUCCUAACGGUCGACGCAGGGGGGGGCACCACGGACCUAGCCCUAAUGCGCAUUACGUCUACCGACGCUGCCGUGCCACAGAUGGAGCAGGUGGCAGCCGUCAGGGGCGUCGGCAUCGGCUCGACGCUUAUUGACCGCGCCUUUAUCCGCCUCGUUGCCCGGCGCCUGGCCGCCUGGCCCGAAAUUGAGCGCCAGCUACUAGCCGAUGUUGCCGUCCGUAUGGCUAGGAGCCACCACUUCCUUAACCUUAAGCAUAAGUUCGGCGAGAUUUUAUAUAUGCAGUCCGUCUGGAAGAUCCCGAUGGAUGGCGUGUCUCACGCCUUUAAUCACGAUGGUCUAGGGAUCGAAAACGGGUGCUUUCUAGUAACCAAGGAACAGAUGCAGUCACUUUUCGACACCCAGAUCGAGGGGCUCAAGAAGGAGAUAAAAGCGCAGCUCGACUGGCUAUCGGAAAACGGCCAUCCGGACCUGGUGGAGUUUGUCGUUCUGUCGGGCGGGCUGGGGAGCUCCUGCUACGUCCGCGACAGGAUACAGCAGCACCUCAUGAGCUUUCCGUACCCCAACGCGCCUCGCGCGGUCGUGAUCCUAUGCCAGGAUCCGCAGCUCGUCGUCGUCCGCGGCCUCCUUCUUAAUCAGCAACAAAGGACGGAGACUGGCUACCUCUCGGUGCUUGCAACGCGCGUCGCUCGUGCAAGCUACGGCAUCGUCGUUAAGCAGCCAUACAGGCCCUCAAACCACUUCGACGAGGAAAUCGUAAAGGAUCCGUUCGACUCUAAAAAGCGCUGGGCCAUUAACCAGAUUCAAUGGCUGAUACAUAAGGGCGACAACAUAAACCCAAACAGCCCGCUCGUCAAGACAUUCAAGGUUUACCUCGCCGAGCAGGACAUAACAAGGUCCUGGGACGCAGAUGUUGUUAUUUCUCAGAACGAAAUAUCGUUUCUUCCGCAUAGUUUGAAGCAAGCUGGCGUUACCAAGCUCUGUCAGAUAAAAAGCAACCUCGAAGGCGUGCAGCAGCACCAGCUCAUUCUCAGGAAGAAACGCGGCACAUGUUUCCGACGAGGCUACAGGUUCUACAUCUGCGAGUUCGACGUUCGCGUAAUCGUCGGGCCGGCGGACCUUCGCUUUGAGCUGUGGUUUGACGGCCAGAAGUUCUCCGGCAACAAUAGGCCCAUCAGCGUAAGCUGGAACGAGGCCGGCCUUGAAGUCGGAGCCGAUUAG